AUGGCGACACCUGGGAGAUCUCCCCCUCCCCCCGCUACCACCGUCAUAUCUACUGAUCAUCAAUCUGAUCUACAAAGGCUUCGUCGUGAGCUUGCCAGGGCUCGCCGCUGCCUAGCCCAAGUUCGUGAAGACCUUAAUAAUGUGAUCGACGACGGUUCGGACGACAACUCGCAGGUUCUGGACGACUUACAAGGGCGCGAAUCUGCCGCCCUGGCCCGUAUCCCUGAGAUCGAGACUAGCAUGGCUGAGGCUCAGGCUACCAUCGACGCUGAGCUCAGUGAUCUGGCCCGUCAAGCAGGAUUGUCACGUGCAAUCCAAGCUCGUUUGAGCAUCGAGGAUCAGAAUACGACUUCUUCACCUCCAAACGAUCGUGAGGGAGUCCUUGAGUCCCCCCAAUAUGUGAGCUUCACCCCGAGCCGGGCCGGUAACGUGAUCGAUUCGGUCCCUAGAGUGGAUGAACGCCCACCUACAACGUUGGCUGACCUGAACCGAUUGCCCGUACCUGAAGUGCAGUCUGGUCCUCACGUAGCUUCUCAUGUUUCCCUUGUAGAAAAUCUGUUCGUGGAGACUGGUGCUGGACAGUUCAGCGGCUCCGGUUCGUUCGUCCCGCACGCGAAGUUUAAGCUUACCUGCUUUACAAAGUUAGCGACGAGUCUGAAGCCAUGCCCUGCAGCAUUGGCUGUCGCUCAUGAGGUGGCAAGGACAACGAGGUAUGAUUGGGCUUCUAUUCGUCAUGAACUCUGGCAGCAGUUCUCUCGUAAGGACCAGCUGAGGGACGAGUACCGUUCGGCUCUCCAGUCCUUGAAGUUCGGGGGCUUGGAGCACGCGGAUGACUUCCUUCGGAAAUGCUCGGCACUCUACCAUCUUUAUCAAGACGUUUAUAAGGAUGAGGCCUCCGAGAGAAGGGUUAUGGUUCGCGCGGUUGUCAAUAAGUUGCCUGAGAAUCUACGCUUGGAUGUGAUCGAGUCCGUCCACCACUCCAUCGGUGUGUCGCGUGACACCGAAUGUACCACCUCUGAGGAUCUGGAGUGGGAGCUCCUUUUGCCCUUCGAUGGCGUUCGUGUGGGACCGACUGUAGUGAGGUGCAUAAGGAAGAGCUGUCGUGUCUUCCGUGAUGCUUCGAUUAAGCUUACUCCACAGUCAAGUUCUUCAAAGGCGUCUGAGAAGGAGGCUGCACGCACAACUUUGCACACGCGUGCCGCCAUUGACACUCUCUCCCAAUUACACGACGGGAACCCCAAGCAUAAGAGAGAGAAUCUGUCAAAGUGGGCUUCUAAGUUUGCGGCUGUCUAUGUGAUCGGUGGGCCUGGGGUACAAGGCCCCUCUGAUAAAGUGGUUCGCUCGGAUGAGUCUAAGACAAUCUCACUUCGUUCGGGAAAAGGACAGCUGUGGUUCGUGGCCUACAACAACAAGACUGAAGGUCUCAAUGCUGUUAAAGAGAUUGAAAGUGAUCAGUUUCGAAUCAGACCCUUCCAAUUCCGAGGGCGCCAAGUCGCUGCCGGAGCUAAUGCUUCCUCGGAGACGGGAAACUAG